CCAAAAGCUCCUCCUCCUCCUCCUCUUCUUCUUCUUCUUCCUCCGGUCGACGACGGACGCUUCCAGAAGGAAAAAAUGGCGGCGUUUCUGCCGGACGAGCUGUGGAGGCACAUACUGGAGAUCGGCGUCAAGAGCCCGGCGAAGUCGCUGAGCUACAAGGAGCUGUGCUGCGUCUCGAUCUCCUGCAGGCGCCUCCGGCGACUCUCCCGCGACGACUCGCUCUGGUCCCACCUCCUCUCCUCCGAUUUCCCUCCGACCUCCCAAUCGUCUGCGCCCUCGUCGUCGACCUCGUCUUCUUCUUCUUCUUCUUCUUCUUCUUCUUCGCGUAAGGCCUUGUACCAAAUCAGGUUCGAGAGGGACAGGGAGAAGAAGAGAGCGGCUCACCGGAGGGCCGUGAUGAGGAAGGAGAGCCAAAUCUCCGAGCACCUCCGGAGGCUCCGAGACAUCGAGGCUUCGCUGGCGCGAGAGUCCGACAAGCUCAAGGCCUCUGCUUCUGAAUUGUCGAAUUUGCAUACGGUCAGGCAAGCCUCGGUGGCUUUGAACGUGUGGCAGCCGGAGGUUGUUAGAGGGAAGCAAAAGCAGAUGGUGUCUCAAUGUGCUGUGCCCGUCGAGUCUCGAAUCAGCGCGGUCGACAUGGAGUUUAGGCUCUGCAAGCAGCAAAUUACCAUGUUGCGCAAGUCCUAUGAAGAGGAAAGGAGAAGGCUUGAUGCAGCAAAGCGGGAGUUGGAGUCGAUCGAGUAUCAUCCUUUGCGGAGUUGUGAACGAACCAGUUCCAAUUUAGGCAGCUCUAGUAGUACAAGGAAGAAGAUUAAGAGAUGCAUAGAUGUGGAAGGCUGUGGCAAACUGGGUAAAACAUCCUAAGAUGAUAGGAUGUCUUUGAUCAGCAUGCUGAGGCUGUGCAAUGUGAAUUUCAAGGCACUUUGGUUUUGGCAACUACAAGUAUGGCUACCAUGAUAUAUUUAUCCAAACUGGUGAACUUGAAUGUAGGAGAUGUGACCAGUCGCGUUUGCAUUGAGGUAUUCGCCUGUUGAAACAAGAACCAAUUGGAUUUCUGAAGUUGGUCUACUAAUUAAACAGAGGAAGCCAUGACAGAUUUUCCGAAAACCAGGAUUGCUGUAAGAAUGUUGUUUGGCUCACAAAAGUGGCAGCCGCUCAACGAACUAUGGUAGCAAGUGUGGAGAUUCUCUUUCUAAGGCUGCAAAAAGAUGCAGGUUGGUACUGAUAUUGUGGUUCGUAUGUUUGGCAAAUGGCGUCACUGUGUCUUGGAGGUGAGAUGGUCACAACAAAUCAGCAGUAGACAUUCGUUGCGAACUCACGCGUAACACGGGGUUAAAUCAGUGGCACAAGAUAAUCUCUACUCAAAAGAAGACUACCUCGGCAUCAUUAUUAUCAUUAUCUGCUUUGAUUUAUGUUGUAGACUAUCUAUUUAUGUUUGAUGAUCCAAAAUGUACACAUUUUCAAAGGCUCGAUGUUCUUUGUAUAGACAAAAA